UUGGAUCAAGUUGUGAUAUUUCCAAGGUGCCAGCCAGCUGUUUGGAAAUACAUGCGCUGCGCGUCAAAUUCAAAAGUGCAUGAUGAUUUAUAGGUUGCUCUUGCCAUGGAUGGGGUCCCUGUCAUGCAAUAGCUUGGUUUUGGCACAGGCACAACUUGAUAACGAUGUAGAAGUCCAUGAUUUCAAGGGCCGCUACGUAUGCCUUGUGCCUGACAAGGAGAUGGAGGACCCAAGGUCCGCAUUGGCGGCUGAAGGAGGGGUUUUGCGAAAUGAAGAUUUUGAUCCAGUUAGCCACAAGGGCCUUACCUGCACAGAUAUGCAAAGUGGGAGAUGGUCAUCUAUCUGUAUCGACGGCGUGUGCGAUCGCAUGGUUCAACCUUGGGACCGUGCCCUCGCUGCAGGAAUUGGAGAGUUUUUGGUGACCGAAGAAGCCGCAAGUGUCGUCGACUUUGGUUGUGGCCCCGGCAAGGCACUAAGUGUUUACCGCGCGUUAGGUCCCAAUGGGUCGGCGAACAUUGACGCGUGGGGGAUCGAAGGGGACAAAGCCAUGUCUAGCGAGACAAAUCGUGUCGAAUAUAUGGACCUGUCUGAGCAUGUAGACCUGUCGCCGAGAGGUUGCUGCGACUGGGUCUUGACUUUCGAUGUUGCUGAGCACAUACCCUUGACUCGUGAACAUAUUUUCCUAGACAACCUACACCGUAGCAACCGCCAUGGCAUCGUGAUGUCUUGGGCCAUUCGUGGGCAGCACGGUUUCGGACAUGUCAACAAUCGCAACGCCAAGGAGAUCUUAGACAUGUUUACAUCGUUGGGCUACGAUCAUGACGAUGUGGCGCAGGCACGGCUUCGGAGCACUGCUUCGGAAAAUUUCGGUCGCCGUGAAACAUUGUAUGUUUUCAGGAAGAAACAGCACCACAAGUUCUCGCUCGAAGAGCUGCGUGACAUUGUUCGCCGAAGUCACAUUGAAGCGUGCUUCCCACCGGUGCAAGAGACGGGUUUCUUCUUGGUGUGGCAUGUAGAUUGGGGAAUGGUUCACAGUGACCACUUCGAGUCUUUGCAGGAUGCGACUGCCGCUUUUCGUGAAAAAGAGGGCGGAGAAUAUGCGACUCUUCUGUUCGACGAGAAUUUCAAGAGGCUUCGGUAUUACGGUGAAGAGAGCACCGAAGUGUUGUCAGAUUUCGCAGGCUGGUGGGAGCGUCGUCGAUCGAUGCGGCGUACACGGGAGUGGUGCUGCACCACUGGCCAUGAAGAGUGUUUUCAAGAUGGCUACUCGUUCACGUAUAGACACUGCUGUUCUAGCGAUCACAGGUAGCAGGGGAUAUUGUUCCAGCGCAGUCUCUUCUCCACAGAGGGUGGAGUCUCGAGUGCGAGCGCGAAAUGGGCGGCUUAUCUCGAUCUUUCUUGUGCGCUCCCCAUAUCAGGACGCGCCUCUCAGUCCAAAUGCGUGUUGUAACGUGUCGUCCCCGGCGCAACCGCAUUGUGGUGUCGAAUCUAAUGAUGUCAAGGAGAUGUGAGCAGACCGUGCGCAUGAUGUGUUGAAGAUGGAAGCGCGGUAGGCCGGCGGCGGGCGCGUUCAUUGCUAGGUGAUGUGUUGGAGACGGAGGCCGCGGGGACAGACCGCCAUCGAGCCGCUGCCGCGAACCAACAUUGAGGGAGAAGGACCUGCAGGCGGCCUCUUCAGCAUCGGCGGCUCUCUCCCUGAGGCUCAGACCCGCGCGCAACGACACGAAGGACCACCGUACGGUCACGUUAACGGAGGACGAGAACCCCCGCUGGAGCCAGGGUGGCGACAGGGCUGGGGCAGCCGCUGGAGCUAUGAUGAUGACUGACGUGACCCUUGGCGUUAAAUGGGGCGUCUGGUCACUAUGUGGCGAGCGUCCAGUGAAUGAGUGGGAACUUCUUGCUACUGUGUGACGAACGUUCUGGAAGGCGGGCGCGGCGCGAAGUUUGUUUUAGAGGUGAGGGGUGCGCUAAUCGGCCUCGGCUAGUCCUACGGACAAUGUUGGGAGUAACUCCGCCCCUUCCACUGGCGCUGUAAAACUGCAUUGGGGGUUGCUCCGUGGGGUCCAAUGUGCCUAGGGGUGGAGUGAAGGCCAUGACCCAAGGGAACCGCUGAAACAGUUGAACGUUCUCCUUGCGUUAUGAGCCUUCGCGCCCUGGGCAGCCUGCCCAGGGCGCUGAGCGUUAGCCAAUGUGCUGACGUCGGCCCGCGCAUUGACGGCCGCUGAGGGAGUCGGCACUAACGCUCCCUUCGCCUUCUUUUGCUGCGCCGCCACUACCCUCCAACUGAGGGUGGGUGGCGCCAGUUUAUAGCAAUUAGAUUCAGUGCUUUGAACGUUGUGGCCACGCGUGCUUGGU